UCCGUGAGGUGCCUGCUAUUCCACGCAUCUAUACGAUAGCUGUCUAUAUCUAUCUGUGUCCUAUACCGCACAUUCCUUCAUCCAGUAUUCCGUCUAGCCCCGCACACCCUCGUCUGGCGGGCUUAACCGACUCCGGCCACCCCCCUGCUGAUAUUUUGAUUCGUUCCUCGUGAAACCAUGUCGAAUCAGGUCGAUUUCGAAUACGAUGCGUCGGCGAGAGAAUACGGUGACCCUCACAGCGCUCAACAUCCGAUUCCUACUGUACAAGGCUACAGACAGCGCCGAAAAGAACUAGCAGGCCAGCUGAGAGACGAGGAGGAAGCACAACAGGGACCCGAAGAGCUCGCGAAGCCGAAGAGACCCUUCGAGUCUGUGAAAGCCAUCAUACAGGGUAAAGACUCCCCCACCUCUCGGCACGAUCCGUACCCGUCUGCGAACCGAAACUAUGCGAACGACCCACGAGGAUCACCCACCUCCGAAAAACGCACCGAUGACCGAAUCGACGACUCUCGGCAUGAGUCUCCAACCGGAGGAAGAACAGGCCAGGGCGUAGCGGGACCUGGCAGGGCCAGUUAUGAAAUGGACAAAGGACGAGAUAAGUCGGCAACCGAGGCUGUCGUAAGCGCUGUUGAUCCAAAGGAGAAACGCAAGGUGAUGAAGAGGACCAGCAGACAUGGCGAAGGGCGUAGGGUCACAGACCCGGUCACCCACCUACCCAUCAUUAUACACGACCAGACUGAUAGCGACCUAAGCUCGGUUUCGCAAAACGAGCUAGAGCUAGGGGUAUGCUCUGAUGCUUCCAGAUCGGACGAAGAGAUGAGGUUAGAGCGAAAGAAGUUGCAGCGAACCUACAACGGGAUGCAAAGGGUAUUCCCACCUCCAGAUUUUAAGCACACGAGACAACAGCUAGCCAACAUCUAUCAACAAACCGUGUGCACCGGGCUAGGCAUCAUCGCCUUCCUGGCCGCUAUUCUCCUCCGGCUCCCCACACCCUUUUUCGGCAGCAGCCGUUCGGGUAGCCUAUUUCCUCAGUGGUACACAAUAUUCAGCACGGCUGUGUUUAUCCCGUUGGCCGUAGUAACCGCCAUGGGUAUGGGAAAGUGGAUUCAUAAGAAGGUCUCCGAGCUGUUUGACGACGAGACGUGGGAUGCUGCCCGGCGGGAGGAGCAGGCCGCCUUGAACGAUGACGAAGAGCUUCCCGAAUCAGUCCAAUGGCUCAAUAGCCUAUUCGCGGCCGUCUGGCCGCUGGUCAACCCAGACCUGUUUGCCUCUCUCGUGGACCGGAUCGAAGACGUCAUGCAAGCAUCUCUGCCCAAGGUUAUCAGGAUGGUCAGCGUAGACGAUAUGGGGCAAGGAAGUGAAUCGCUCCGCAUACUCGGGAUACGCUGGUUACCGACAGGGGCCGCCUCGCAGUCUAUUGGCGCCGGGGGACAACCUCAAGGGGACGAUGAAGGUGCCGGCGAUGCUGGCGGGGAUGCCGAUGCAGAUGAAGACGCCUUACGUGGGGGUAUGGAAGCAGAAGAAGGCGACUUCGUAAACUUGGAACUUGCCCUCGCCUACCGAGGCCGCUCGUCCGGAAAGUCACUGAAGAUGAAGGCGAAAAACGCCCACCUCUAUCUAAAGUUUUAUCUUCCUGGCGAAGUGGCUAUUCCUGUAUGGGUUGAGCUCAGGGGCCUUAUUAUAACUCUGAGACUGCGACUCCAGCUGACGCCAGACCCGCCCUUUAUAUCGCUCUGCACUAUGACUUUCCUCGGGCAGCCCAAGGCGAGUAUCUCAUGCACACCGCUUUCCAAGCGUAGCUUUAGCCUGACCGAUGUCCCGCUCAUAUCAUCGUUUGUCAAUUCCGCUAUUGAUGCUGCCCUGGCAGAAUACGUGGCUCCAAAGAGCUUAACCCUUAAUCUGAGGGACAUGCUUGUCGGUUCGGACUUCAAGAAGAAUACGAUCUCCCUCGGUACCGUUUGGAUCUUUAUCAAGAGUGCGCGAGGUUUCAAGCAAGGUGAUGGCGGGGUCGGCCCCGUGAAAGGUUCGAGCGAUGCCUACGUUACCGUAUCUUGGGGUAAAUUCGGCAAACCGAUGGCAUCAACUCGAAUCAUCACGAACGGAAACGAGCCAAAUUGGAACGAGUACACCAGCAUUCUUGUGACCCCGGAAGAGGUGAACGCUGAGGAGAAACUCAGGCUUCAACUGUGGGACUCGGAUAGGUGGUCUGCCGACGACGAUCUGGGUCGUGUAGAGGUAGACCUGAAGUACCUCAUGGGACACUCGAGGACUUACAACAAGGUCGAGGAGCGAGAAGACGGCUUCUCUGGCCAGGAUCCCGAUGAAAAGAUGCCAGGGUCGUUAGUAUGGUCGGUUGGAUACUUUUCUAAGACUAGAAUUACGCCAGAGCAGUUCGAGCAGCAAACUAUCAACAAGGAGGUGAGAAGCAAGGAGCAGCUCCAAGAACAUGUCUCGGUGCUUGCCGAGCGUAAACUGCGAGAAUCUGGCAAGUCUUCGGACGACGAAGAGAUCAAACAGCAAAAGGCCCAAGACUAUAACGAGCUAGAAGAAUCGAUGAUCGCGUCCGCGCCGCCAUCUUCGGAAUUCGUUUCCGGUAUCCUUGGCGUGCAGAUUCAUAACAUCAUCGGCCUCGAGAUACAAAACCCCCAGAAGCAAGACCAGCGAGCCGACAGUGAUGAUGAAAGCGAAGCCGAGCAAGAUGAUAAUAUGCCGGACGGUUAUUGCACCAUCAUCUUGAACCAAAAGAAGAUUUAUAGAACACGUACGAAACCGAAAAACUCGAAGCCCUUCUUCAAUGCGGGGACGGAGCGAUUUGUUCGAGACUGGAGAGAUGCCGAGAUCAUUGUUAGCGUACGAGACUCGCGAGAACGAGAAGAGGACCCGUUGAUCGGGCUCGUCUACCUCCCUCUAGCCAAGCUUCUGGCCAAAAGGAGUCAGGUCAUGGACACUUACCCUCUUGUUGGUGGCAUUGGAUACGGGCGAGUGCGUAUAAGCUUGGUCUGGCGGAGUGUGGAGAUUACCCUCCCCCCAAGUCUUCGAGGGUGGAAUUACGGAACGCUGGAGGUUCGGGGCGCUGUAAAGACAAAAGGAGCGCUACCGGAAUCCUUGACGGAACACCGAGUCAAGAUCAGGACCAACUUAGGACGGGUUAAGAUGUAUCCUCGGAAUGGCCAGUGGGCACCCAAGCACCAGGUAGAUGAGGCCAUAUUCUUGGCUGUUCAUAAGCGAUAUUCUUCCGCCGUGGUCUUCGAAUUCCGCGAAUCUUUCCUCGGGUCGGAUAGGACUACGGCAUUCGCUGUCCUGUGGCUCCAAGAUCUUGUUGAUGAGAAGAAUGAGGUAAAGACUCUGAAAGUAUGGAAAGGAUCGAAAGACGACGCUCGGAAAGCCAGGUCUAGUUGCGAUUAUAACAGCACGGGCGAAGGUGAUCAUUUCCUAGGCGAGAUUGAGGUGGAACUGAAGUUCUGGCGAGGUCUCUCCGGGUACCACAAGGGUUAUGCUUCCAAGGCUAACAAUACGGACCUGCGAAACGUCAUGGAAUGCCUGGACACCAUCACCGACGAGAAGCUGGACGAUAGCGAUGACGGAUUCGGAGAGGACGCCGAUACGACGGGCGACGAAGAUUCGGAAGACGAGACACGCAGGAAGAAACUCCGGGUUCACACCAACGACUCCUCGUCCGACAGCUCCGACGAUGAAGGUGCACGUGGUGCUUCGGGGUCGGCGACCACGUCCAAGGUGUCUCUAUCGGAUUUUAAGAAGAUAAAGAACAUAUUUCGCAACCCAGCAGAUGGGGUAACCGAAGCCGCAACGGCAGCGCUCGCACCGGGACAUAACGACCCCGACGACGGAUCAAGAGGCGUGCGGAACCAAUUACGGGACUACAAGGAUCACCACAAGCAACUACAUCGUAAACAUCGGGGUAUCAUGCAGUGGAGGCCUGCGAGGGAGGCUAACCACCUGGGGGGUAAGCUUAGUAGACUCAAGGGAAACAUCAGCGAGAUCUUCCACCACAGCGAAAAGGAUGCGGAUAUCGAGACGGAAGUUUAAACGAGGGCGCGAGCUAGGGUGGCUCAGUCGCUGCCGGUGCCGUUUUAAGGCGACAAGGGCUGGUCGAGCAAGCGAAGAAGCUGGCUCGUUUCUGAGUGGUCUGAUCGUCAACGGGGUGAUCCAGGAGCCAGGCGGUUGGGAUAUCGGAUUCGAGGGCUCGCGGGCGCUAGCCAAGCGGUCGCCACGAAGAUGUGCACCACGUGGUGGCGGAGGGGACCGACUGGAUGGACAGCGCUCGAAGAAGACCGGAGGGCGUCUAGGCAUCACGCACAUUCUACUAUAUAGGCAGGUAGAUAUGAUAUAGUAGGUAGGCAACAGGGACCACCUACUGGAGCAAUGCGUACCUAAAUUGCUUGACGUAGUACUACCUGUCGUAGUCACAUAGGCAUCUAUAUACCCGCCUACAU